AUGACACACUGGCCCCAUCUAUCUUCGAAUCCGAUCGGCAACGGACUUCCUAUUCCCGUCGGCCCGACAACGUCAUAUGUGCCGAAGGAUUUGCCCGACCGCCCCCGCGCUUUCAAACGCCUCGCGGACGAGCGUCACCCACGCCUCCGACGCAUGCUGCCCGAAGCCGUAUUCGACCAACUUAGUCGAGAACGUGAAGCAGGCGCCCCACACCAGUACACUACCACCGAGCUCCGUGCCGUUGUUAGGCACGUCUCUACACUCCCGCCUCCGCAAAACGUGCACGCCAGCACCUCUUCCAGCCGUUCUCUAGCAGAUCGCCUCAUCGCCGCCCCGACCUACACCUCCAUCGCCCUGAAGCCCGUCACCAUCGACUUCUCUCGCUACACGGCCGCCGACCUCGCCUGCAUUUUCGCGCCGAAAUUUGCCGCCACCCUUAAACGCUUCAACGUGCUCGAGUCGCUCAACUGCCCCGACGUUCUAACCGACGACAUCAACGCCGUCUUCAAGCUUCGCGACCUCCUCGCUCACCUCGAUUGCACCCUCAAAGACGUCUCACGUGUCAUCAGUAUCGAGGAGUGGAAUCGCUGGGACUCAGGAUUGAAGCAGAUCGGCGGGAUCUCGUUCAAAGGACUACGGCGUAACCGAGUCCAGAUUUUUAAAGCACUUCAUGCGGUUUGGGUCAACGGUUACUUCGAUUAG